UUGAUUCAGUUCGAAUAUCAAACGUUCAUUAGAACUCAUUUGAUACACAAUUACUACAAUGGCAUUCAAGUUCGUAGUGUUCGCUUGCUUGGUGGCUGCGGCCAGCGCAGGGCUCCUGCCCACCGCCCACGUCACGUACGCUGCCCCAGCCGCGCACGUUGUACACGCCGCCCCGGUAGCGUACGCCGCACCCGUCGCUGAGGUGCUGGCACCCGUCGCCAAGGUCGCCGUCGAAGAGUACGCCCACCCCAAGUACAGCUUCGCGUACGACGUGCAGGACGGUCUCACCGGUGACUCCAAGUCCCAGCACGAGAGCCGCGACGGAGACGUUGUCCAGGGCUCCUACUCCGUGGUCGACCCCGACGGCACCAAGCGCACUGUUGAGUACACCGCUGACGACCACAACGGAUUCAACGCCGUCGUGCACAGAGAGCCCCUCGCCCACGCCGCUAAGAUCCUCGCCCCCGUCGCCAAGGUGGUUGCCCCUGUAGCCUACCACGCUGCCCCUGUCGUCCACGCCGCUCCCGUGGCCUACCACGCCGCCCCUGUGGUACACGCCGCCGCCCCUGUCUACCACGCCGCCCCUGUCGCCUACUCCGCUCCCAUCUACCACCAUUAAGAGCUUGAAAUAUUAAUAAUAAACUAAAUUAUUGAAAA